AAUACAAGAGAGUGGAAUAAGGUCGUCCCUUCUCUUCCACACAGCGUUUAUGAGCUGCAAUGGAAGAUCUGAGACGCUUAAGGAGUAUCUUUAAGGAACGAAACACUUUGAUUGGAAUGGACAGCUUCAUAGAUGCUUUGGCAGAGAAAGGUGUCAUUUCAGUGGUGGAAGAAAUGGAGCUGAAGACAAAGGAGGAAUACAAUGGCAAAGUGGAUGCAACUUUCUUCAUCCUCUUCAAAACAAAUCCCGUGCCGACCUUGCGUAAAGUGUUGGAUAUUUUGAAGAAAAUAAAAAGGGAAGAUAUCAUCGCAAGGCUGCAAGGACAACGAAAUUGGCCCGCUCUGAUGAACAAGUUGGACGUUGAUCAAAUUGCACCGAUACUCAUCUCCAAGAAAAUACUUUCUGUGGAGUGGAGGGAUACUGUGAAGGGACACAAAACGAGGCGUGACGAAAGGCAGGCUAUUCUCGAAAGUGUUCGAAUGAAAGGCCCAACUGGGUUUCAGGUCUUCCGGCAAGCCCUGGAAGAAAUCCAACAAGGUCAUCUUAUUCCACUUCCCCAUCAUACAUCAUCACAUCAAAGUGGUCUCCCGCAUGUGAACCUGAUCGGAAGAGAGCCUGCUGCAAAUCCAACAUCUCCGCCUGAUGCCGGCCCGAAUGUGGAUCGAUUUCAAGAAAGCAUCAUUCAAGGAGCACCGGAACCGUACAGAAGAAGUGCUUUCUCAGAUUGCAAGAAGCAAUUCCAGACGCUCUUGGAAACACGCAACGUCGUGGCAUGUAUCGUGGUUCUGAUUGCUGUCGGCACAUACUCCAUGGUUCCACGAGAAUAUUCGGUCAGCGUGCUUGCAUUUGGAUCAUAUUCUGACACAAAGGGUGACAAGGCACCGUCUCAGGAACAGAGAAGCGAGAACUUAAUAUCGUGGAACGUUAUCAAAGCGAAUCGUCUGGUACUCCGGGAUGAAUAUAACGUGGACGGCAAAGAGUUGCUUCGAAGUUUGAGUGACAAGAACGUCUUGAAGCUCUACGAGGAGAAACGGAUCCGAAGCAAAGACGACCCAAGGGAGCUAUAUGACGUGCUCUUCGAAAUCCUCUUCCAGAAGGAUCAAACAAAUGUUUCUAUCUUUCUCAACGCAUUAACUGCUAUUGGAAGGCAGGACGCAAGGGACUUCUUGCUUACUCAAGCGAACGUGAUGUCGGAAUAGCUCCUUCAUUUUCACUAACCAACUGAUUCGUUGGGUA